GCGUCAGAUCCGACAGCCUCCCCACCCAUUCCGCUCGCUCGUCGACUCCUCGUCUCCGCGAGAGAGAGAAAGAGAGAGAGGGGAGGGAGCGGAGGUAAACCCAAAACCCUAGCCCGCGUCGUCGUCGUCGUCGUCGCCGGCGGCGAGAUGUCGGCGGCGGUGAACGAGGAGACCUCGGUCUACGUCGGCGGCCUGCCGUACGAGGCCAACGAGGACAUGCUCCGCGACGCCUUCGGCCGAUUCGGCACCAUCGUCUCCGUCAAGGUGAUAAAUGAUCAGAGAGUCAGAGGCAAGUGUUACGGUUUUGUUACUUUCACUCAUGCUGAUGCUGCACAGCAUGCUAUCUCAGGCAUGGACGGCAAGAGAAUAAAUAGACGUGUUGUUAGAGUGAAUGAAGUGCGUACUAGAGGUGCCCGAGAAUUCGGGCGUGAAGGUUUUCGGCGAGAACCUGGAAGCGCAAGGGAUGCUUAUUGGGACAGAAGGGAUAGAGAAAGGAGCUAUGACCGUGACAGAGAUCCCUACCAUGACAGGGAUAGUGAUAGAUCUCGUGACCGUGAUAGAGACAGAUUUUACGAACCUAGAGGCUUUGAUCAAGAAAUUGACUAUCCCAUGGAUCAAGAUCAUGGGGAUGAAAGGCGUAGAGACUACGACCGUGCAGCAGAAAUGCAUAAUGUUGAUUCGGAUAAUGACAGAGAAAAAGAAAACUCUAAAGACUAUGAUAGUGAAAGAGAGAAAGAAAAGGAGCAGCGAUCAAGAAAAAGGUUCAGCCGUCCAAAAGAUCAUGAUAGCAGGGAUCUAUCAGUUUCCAGUGAUGAUCUUCACAGUGAUGCAAAACGACAGUUGAACAAAGCAAUUCAAAUGCGCGAGGACCUUGAAAAUGAGGUUAGUCAGAUCAAAGAUAAAGUUGCAGCAAAGGAACAACACAUUGCAGAUUUGCAAAAGAGAUCCCAGAAGUUAGAGGAUGAAUUGUCUGCUGCACGGAAAGUUUCUUCAGAACGACAAUUGGUUGUUACAAAGCUGUACAAAUGUUUUCUGCAACUUCAAGACUACAAUGACAGGGUGAAGAUGUCUGAAAAGGAGCUCCAGUCUCUUAUUGACGAUGCAAUGGGUGAGGUUGACAUUGGUGAAGAAGCCACAACCAAAGAUGGUUCAAUGUAUGAGAAUGGCGUAGCAUGAAAAUCUGCACAUCACAAAACCGGUAUUAUUAGUUUAUCAUGGUGCUAACUUUCCUAGAAGUACAAUAUACCAUGAAGAACUGUAACAAGUGAUUCAUGUAAGUGAAGGCUAGGAAACCAUGUAUUAGUCUGCAGAUUGUUUAGUGUGAACUUUUGUCGGUGUAGAUUAUUAGCCCGAGGAAUUCUUGCCUGACUUUGACAAGUGAUAAUGUGUAUGCUGUCCGUACCAUGCCAACUCGAGCAGUUAUCUGACUUUGAAAUUUGUCCAGAACCUCUUUGUUUUCUAGAGGUGUCUCUGCA